GAUAAUACAAUACUGAAUACCCUCGUGUAGUCGUGUGUGCGGAAAGCUAAAAUCUGCAAGCGCGAUAAAACACACGAGACACUGAACAAAAAACGGCUUCUCUUCUUCAGUCAUCUCUUCAAACUUCUUCCUUGAUUUUGUAUACUACUUAUUCUUCUAAGAUUCUCAAAUAUGGGGAAGGACGCAAAGAAAAAGGGGCCUGCUGAUAAAGGCAAGGGAAAACAAGCAGCCAGCGGCAGUGAUGAAGGUGCUUCAAAGGGUAAAGGUGGUGGAAAGGGAGACAAGCUUGGAACUUGCAAUUUUGUCAAAGCUAGGCAUGUAUUAUGUGAAAAACAAGGGAAAAUUAAUGAGGUAUACCAGAAACUGCAAGAAGGGUGGCUUGACACUGGGGAUAAAGUUCCACCAGCUGAGUUUGGAAAGUUGGCUGCUCAAUACUCGGAAUGUCCUUCCGGCAAAAAGGGUGGGGAUCUUGGAUGGUUCCCACGAGGAAAGAUGGCUGGCCCAUUUCAGGAGGUUGCUUUCAGCACUGCUGUAGGAGCCACCAGUGGACCGUUCAAAUCUACGCAUGGUUACCACAUAAUAUUGUGCGAAGGUCGAAAGGCUUAACGGAACUUGCCAAAGUUGCCUUUUCAUCUUAAAUGAUGAACGUGCUGCGCUGCUGGAAAUAACUCUCUUUGUACAACUGUUGGAUAGAUGCCCUAUGGUACACUAUGGAAGUUUUUAACUGGAUAUUUGCGUGAUCAAGCUUGUGAUAAAUUAUACAUGUUAGCUUGUGACAUGGUUUUCCCCUUUUUCUACUACAUGCUGUCUGUGGUUACAAAUUCUGAUUUGCUGGUUUACGUUCGUGAGUCUGUAAUCAACAAUAAUUAUUAUCUGACAGAAGACAGAAAAAAGGCGAGGGCAUGUCUAUGGAAA